UUUGAAUUCUACACCACACACAUACACGGCAAAAUGGACGCGCUGGGUCUUGUCCGCGCGGCAGUGAUCGCAAACCGCCCUGUGGAGACGGAAGGCGGAGAAGUGUUGUUGUGCUCCAUCAACAUGGAAACUGGCGUGAAGGAAGUGGACCAUCGGUUCCCGGGGACGUUGAAGACGACGUUCCAUUCCAAGGCGUCGAGCAAGAGCUAUGACUUGAUGGCUGUGGUCACAUGCGUCAAGUACGCGGCGUUGACGUUUCCUGAGUAUGUAGCCAAGACACGUGCAGAAAAGGUAAACAUGGUGUCGACUAUCGACAAGAAGGAGUUGAUGGCGUACCUGCGUGGAGACAUCGAGGAGUCGGUCCAGGUGUAUGACCAAGCGACGGCUGCGUUGGCCCAGAAGCGCAAGGCUGCUGCUGCUGCAGGCGAGCAUUCAUCGCGGCCACUUGACUCGUCCUCGUCUGUUCCUCCUUCGAAAAAAUCAAAGGACGCGAACCACGUAGCCGCGUCGUCGUCGACUGCUGACGUUUUGGGCGAGACGGACACGGAAAACGAGAUCAAGAAGCGCAUCCUCGACAAGGAAUACACACACCGCGAUCGCACGAGCAUGAUGACAACCCCCAAGUCGUUUGACAGCAUGUUGGCGCUGUUCGAGUUGGUGUUGAAGGAAGAACGCGAGCGGUCGAGUGGGUCGGGCAAGGUGACUCUCCUCACGCAGACGUCGACGUUGACUGUUCCAUUGCAUCAAGCCAUGAAGAAGGCGCUUCCAGACAUCCCGAUCAUCGUCGUGCCGGCGGGGGUGUCCGACUUGCUCAGUCUGCUCAACGUCAAGGACUUCUUGGAGGAAGGCCACUUUGUUACGGCGGCGCAGAAGAAGUCGGAGGGCCUUCGCAAGCCCACGUCCGUGACGAUUCAGGUCAAGGAGAGCGAUCAGACGUACACGUUCAAGCUUGUGGACAGCGUGCUUCGGUUCUCCGACCGCGACUGGAAGUGCGUCGUGGGGGUGAUCGUAUCGGGUCAUACGUGGCAGUUUAAAGACUGGCAGUGGCAAUUUCCCCUCGAAGUGUUCAAGCGAGUGUGUGGUAUUCAUAUUUAUUCCCACGGCACGGCCCUGAACCAAGACAUCAAGAAAUGGGAUGUCAAGAUCCUCAUGAUCCACCCGCACAAGCGCCAUCUCGACAAGGUCGCGGCGAGCGAGUUCUGGCGCCACAUGUUUGCCCACCUUCGCCUGCGCAUGAACAGCUAAGGAUAAACCAAAUAUACAUACACUCCAAGGGCACUGCAUGUCAGACUGUGCUAUGCUGUGGCAACGAGCGCACGAAUCGAGCCAGAACAACGAUUGCUGCUUUGAGCAACUCUGUGGCGCCGUGUGGGUUGCUCAGAUCAUGCAUAGCAUGCCAUCACACACAUUGUAAUAAGCUUAG